AUGAAUACUUGUAUUCAUGCAAAGCGUAAUGAAAUGCUUAUACAUGUUUUCGAUUUAUCUGAUCCCCAAGUUCAUAAUGCAUCGGCACUUUUUCAAACAAUGUUAUACUCUCAAAGAAAUUAUAAAGGAGAAAUAGUUUCCACCUAUUUACAAAAUAAAGCAU